UCAUCCUGUCUUGUCAUUGCAAACAGAGACAGACGCAAUUCUUCCGCUCAUUGGAGCGACAAAGACAACUAUAGCGAAAAUCCCGGGCGCUUGCGUCUUGACGUGACAACAAGAAGGACUUUUACUGGUUUGUUUAUCUUGUGCAAAAUUUCAAUAAAGCCUAAGCACGGUGGCCUCCCAAGAAUUCACAAUUAUCUGUAAUCUAACUGAAUGUUUUCUUGUUUCGCCGACCAAGAGGACUACGGCAAAGGUGGGCCCAGUUCAGUAGAAACCCAAAUUGCAUGUGAUCCUUAUCUCUAAGGUAGUGCGUAGACGUACGACAUAUCCCCGCUCCUAAAGUCUCCUUUCCGUUCUGUGUCCGCCAUAUUGAAAAGUACAGUGGCGAAAUAGGCGUUAACUGUUGUGUGAUUGUUGUUAGGUCCGAUGGCCGCAAUCAGGAAGAAAUUGGUGAUAGUCGGCGACGGGGCCUGCGGGAAAACAUGCCUGUUGAUCGUCUUCAGCAAGGAUCAGUUUCCUGAGGUGUAUGUACCCACUGUAUUCGAGAAUUAUGUGGCGGACAUUGAAGUAGAUGGUAAACAAGUUGAACUAGCCUUAUGGGAUACAGCAGGUCAAGAGGACUAUGAUCGUCUGAGGCCACUGUCAUAUCCAGACACUGAUGUUAUUUUGAUGUGCUUUUCUGUAGAUUCUCCUGAUUCGCUGGAGAAUAUACCUGAGAAAUGGACACCAGAAGUAAAGCAUUUCUGCCCCAAUGUGCCAAUCAUCCUAGUGGGAAAUAAAAAGGAUCUAAGAAAUGAUCCUGCCACCAUUAGUGAGCUGAAGAAAAUGAAACAGGAGCCUGUGAAGCCACAGGAUGGCCGAGCGAUGGCAGAAAAAAUUAACGCAUUCGCGUAUUUGGAAUGCUCCGCAAAGAGCAAAGAGGGCGUGAGAGAAGUGUUUGAAAAUGCCACCAGGGCGGCAUUGCAGGUCAAAAAGAAGAAGAAGCCACGUUGCGUCAUGUUUUGAGUAAGAUCCACCGCUGUUGGUUACAAAAAGUGGUUGGUGUUCAUACGCGUGGUGUGUCUAAUACUAUUUUCAUUUUUCAAACGACAAGUUAAGAAAGGGGUGACCGCUGCUUUCAUUGUGUAUCGACUAACAAAUAAAUACCCCUUAUUUUCUCUUUAGUUCUGUUUUCUGUUCUCAAAGAUCCUAUCUAUCCUGACUAUGGUAUAUACAUAUAGAUACUGUGGACUUGCUAUUCUUUUUAGGUUAUAUUUCUUAUAUAUAGUGGAUUGUGCUUGAUGCUAAAACAGUGCUCUUGGGCUGAAGUCAGGCUACAUAUUGUUUACAACGAUAUGUCUGUAGUUACUCUUAGAAUGGUAGCUUAGGGAUCUUUUCUAUUCCAAAUAGAUAUGAGACAACUGCAUCCCAUAAAAACGAUCAUCCAUUUUGGAUUCUCCCCCUUCUUUUUUUUUGCUGUCUUCGAGUAAAAACGUUUUUUGAGAAGUAAUUAUAAUGCAACAAAUGUCAUGAAAUAGUCCACCUUGUCUGAAAAGCGACUCAUUCGAUUCUCUUCAAAAAUAAAUUUCUUAUCAUCCAGAAUGGCCAUUUACAGUGGGCUUGAUUAGAGCUGCCUGGCAAGAUCAUAUUAUUAAUUUGUUUUGAUGGCUGUCUGACAGUCUCUGAUAGUCAGAAAUUGCUUGUUGGAAAUAAAUUAUUUGCAAAUAUGUAUUUUGAAAUUUAAAGUUCAGUUGUCAGACUGAAAAAAUACAGCUUUAACUGCCAUUCAUUAUAUAUCUAGGUGCUUUUACCUAUGGAGAUAACAGCUAAUUUUCAUUGAUUGAUUAUACUCAGUAAUGUUGAUUUCUCAGGUUAUUAGAUGAAACGCAUUUUUAUCCAUAGACAACAACAAAAAAUUGAAUAGUCUAAAACUCCAUACAAGUGUGUAUCAUCAUUUACAAUGGGGAUUUUACAAUGAGGAUUAUCAUUAUGUAUUAAUAUGAGAGAUUGAGCAAGUGUCUUCAGAAUCCAUCUGUGAAGUUUUGGAAAUUCGUGAUGUAAAAAUAAAUAAGGAGGUCUAGAUGUCAUAUAACUAAAUCUACUGUUUUUCAUCUUCUAGUGGUAAAUUUAUCCGUGGACUGGUACUUAAGCUUAUAAGCAAUAUAGGAACAGAACUGAGAAUGUUAGCAAGAGUGCCUUUAAUAUCCACUCCAUUUGAAGUGGUGUGAAAUUAUUUCUUGCCCAAGGAAAAAUGCGGCAAAUGAUCAUUGAAAUAACAAAAAUUUCACCAAAUUAGGCGUGUAUUGAUUUAACAUCUGCCACAUUAUCAUUUUGGACAAGUAGUAGACAUUAAAUUAAAAUAUUGUUGAUAUAGUGCUUCCAAAGUUAGCUUUUCUUCGUUUUCCACCUUAAUAAAACAUGGUUGCAUUAUUGUAGCGCAUAAGGGACUGUCUCUGAUUUUUGAAAUUGCAUAAUAAGUGAGGCAGUCUUCCACGCUUGGCACUUCAAGGUAUUUGGUCACUACGCCAUAUCAUACUAGAAUCGUUUUCAGCACAGCACCUAGAGGGUUAAUCGCGUUUUGUACUAGUGAGCUCCGCAUGCGAGGAUAGGGUGUAAAGUUCUAGACUGAAAAUGAAAGCGGAUUCAUUUUUUUAUCCAUAAUAUGGCGUUUAGUGGUGGGCUCAUCUCUCAUGAUGCCCCAGUUCUUGCAAGAUGUUUCACAUCAUUUCUUCCGAUAUCCCCAUGAUAUCAAUUGUCUUACUAACCUUAUCAUGCCUAUCAUCCUCAAUAUCGAGGAGCUUCUCAAUGGUUUCAAGUGUUGAGGUUUUUGGCCGUCAUUUAUGUGAUUCUUUGUGACAACAUUUAAAUUUACCUGGCUACUUCUUAACAGUUGAAAUUGAAGGAGCAGAGCUCCCAUAGGCUUUUGUGAACUUUGGAAGAAUUUCUUUAGGAUUUGAUCCAUCCAACUUGAGCAAUCUGAGAGCACGAAAUUCGCGUUUAUCCAUCUUAACGAAAACCGACGUGCGCUUCAAAAAUUCUUGUAAUCGAAUAGUCUGAAAGAACAAGUUGAAACUCAUCAUACAAACAAAUGAUAAGUGCACCCAUGCAAGAAUCAUAAAUUUUACCUGAUUGAAGUGCCAUUUCUCAGUCAGGUUGAGAACUAUAUUAUGUUCAUGACAUGAUCCUAGUAUGAUACUAUAUAGUGUGCAAAUACUUUUAUCCACCAUUUUGUGACUACUUGAUAAUUGUUUCUCAUGUAAGGUGAUACUACCUAUAAACCUUGGGUGUUGGUGAAAUAAAGUUUUCUUUUUUUGUAUAGAGCUGUUUCUACUUAAAUCAAAAUGUAUAGAUAAAUAUUGACAUUUAAUUGUUGAAAAGUUGAAUAAUUUGAUAGUCUACUUCUUCCUGAGAGUGCCAGCAUUAAAUGUCAACAUGCACAAAUAUUAUCCUGACGUCCACCUAACAGGUCGUUGUUUUCAGAAUAUCCUAGUAUUUCCUGAUGUAUUAUUGGAACAAAGAGAAAAAAAUACUGAUUAUGAUGCGUGAAAAAUAUAUGAUUUUUUAGAUCAGACGAAAAUCUUACAUACUCGUACGUGGUACAUUUUCGGUUUCGAUUUUUUUUUUCAUAGACACUUUUUGUGGAUCCCCCUUAACAUGAAUGGGGGGAUCAAACCUACCACUGCAAGCCUCGAAGAGCAAUUUGAGCUUUGUUUAUUAUAUUCAAGGCCGCGCGCAUGAGUUAUAUUUACAAAUAACAAUGCUUUAAAAUAAACUAACCCCAAAUACUUUUUCUGGUCUUAGGAAGGUUUGGCCUUAAAUUUAGACACUUAAAACCUCAAAACUGAUGUAUUUCCGCGUUUUCCUGCAUUUAAAAUCGCCAUUUUUCGCAGUCACCUUUGUAGGGGAGUAUGAUCCAAAAAAUGAUUGUCCAGAACGAAAAAAUUAUUUUUACAAUUUGCUUGAACAAAUGAUUAAUAGAAAUUUGCACGGGUUGACCGCCGGGCAACAUCAUGAUUCGUGUUAAGGGGCAUCCAACAAAUGUGAUUAUGAGAAAAAAAUCGAGUCGGAAAAUUUAUCGCACGAAUGUGAGAUUUUCUUCUCAUCUAUAUUGUCUCUUUUCUUUGGUGAAGUUGACAAAAAGAUUAAUUCUAGAGAGUAUUGUUCAUUUUUAAACGUUGGAACAGAGAAGAUAAUUCAUUUUAUUUAUAUUAGGCGACUCUUAUUAGUAUAGAGCGAGUUGCUUUUAUAAUAUUGUAAUAGCUUUAACUUUUCCAUAUGAUGUAU